GAACGUAUGUUCAGGCUGUGCGCAGGGGAGGGACAGUUGUCAGCGCGGGACCGGAGGCGGGUUGCCGUGGCGACAAGGCCUACACAGAUCGGCGAGGGCGCGGAUCAUGGCCGAGGGCGGGGAGAACGAAGCCAAUGAGAAGUGGCUGGAUGCUCAUUACGACCCCGUGGCUAACCUCUUCACCUUCUCCUCCUGUGUGGCCCUAGCAGACCUGCAAGGAGAUGGUGAGAACAAGCUGAUCAUCGGAGACCUGGGCAUGGGUCAGUACAACACAAAGCUGAAGGUGUACAAAGGGACCAGCAUGGUAUCGGAGCACGCGCUGAUGGACCUGCCAACUGGCGUCAUUGCGUUCCUCAUGGACACCAACGAGCCCAGGACUCCCGCCGUGGCGGUUGCUUCUGGACCCUACAUCUACGUCUACAAGAACCUCCGGCCCUACUUCAAGUUCACCCUGCCCUCCCUGGAGGUCAACUCCGUGGAGCAGGACGUGUGGAACCAGGUCAAGGAGGACAAAAUCGACCCGCUGACUGUCAAAGAGAUGCUGGAGAGCCUCCGGGACAAGGGAGAUGUGCCCCUGUCGGCGAGAUCCCUGAGGUACCUGAUGUUGGAGCCUCACGAGAUGGAGCCCUUUGUCAGUCUUCACAAGCUGCAGCCCAUCAAACGGCAGACGGUGAUAACGUGCAUGGGCACGCUGAACAAGAACAUGGCGGACGAGGACGCCGUGGGCUGCCUGGUGAUCGGCACUGAGAGCAUGGACGUCUGCAUCUUGGAUCCCGAAGCGUUCACCAUCCAGGCCAAGGUGAAUCUCCCGAGCGUGCCAGUGUUCCUGGACGUCAGUGGCCAGUUUGACGUAGAGUUCAGGAUCAUCGUCGCCUGUCGGAAUGGAAACAUCUACAUCGUCCGCAGGGACUUGAAGCGACCCCGGCAUGGCAUCGAGCUGAACUGUCAACCCGUGGGGCUGGUCAGAGUCAACAAGAACAUCGUCGUUGGCUGCGGGAAGGAGACCCUCCACUCCUACACUCAGAAGGGCAAGAAGCUUUGGACCGUGUACCUGCCCGCUCCCAUAAUGACGAUGGGUUUGAUGGAUCACAAAUCCAAAGGGUUCCAGGCCGUUCUGGUGGCCCUUGGCAACUCGGAGCUGCACCUGUACCGGGACAAGAACCUCAUCAACGUCACCAAGACUCAGGACGUGGUGACCAGUCUCUGUUUCGGCAAGUACGGACGUGAGGAAGGCACGCUCAUCAUGACCACCAAAGGCGGUGGUUUGAUCAUCAAGAUCCUCAAGAGGACGGCGGUCUUCGAGGACAAGGACACCAGCCCAGGGCCGCCCUUGGCCCAGAGCAUUAAGCUCAACGUGCCGAAGAAAACCAAGCUGUACGUGGAUCAGACCCUGCGAGAACGGGAGACCGCUGUGGCCAUGCACCGGACCUUCCAAACGGACCUCUGCCGGCUGCGCCUGACAGCAGCGCGAGCGUACGCCAAGGCCCUUGAGGCGAGCUCGGCGCCAUUCUCGGCGGACCAGGCCCAGCCACUGAAGCUGAAUGCCACGGUCCAGGGCAUCGGCCCCUCCUUCAAGCUGACCCUGAAUGUGCAGAACAUGUCAGCCGCCCGGCCGGCCGUCGACCUCCUCAUCUGCCUCCUGUACAACGAGAACCUGUACUGCAUCAAAAGGAGCUUCUUCAAGGUCCCGAUGCUAGUGCCGGGUCUGAUUUACCCCAUCGAAACCUUCGUGCAGUGUCUGAGUGACAGGGGCAUUUCCGACACCAUCAAGGUGUUCGUGCUGCGGGCCGGGUCCUGCUCCCCACUGCUGACCGCCCACGUCAACAUGCCAGUCAGCGAGGGGUCCGCCGUGGGCUGAAGUCCGAUCGGAGCCUCCAGGCCAGAGGACAGGGUGGCAAUGGGGGGGGGGGGGGGUUGGGGGAGGAGGAGGUGUAAACAGCCGUGGGAUUCCCAGGGACACGGCUCCCGGAAAACCGACCCCACUCCGCAGGGUACUGUUCACACCUGCAGCAGGGUGGCCUUGUCCCCUCCCCACCAUCCUGUGCAAACUCUCUGCUGCUGUCCUUCGGCCCGACUCGGGUGACCCCAGCCCAUUGCCGCAGUAGGCUGUUGAUGGGAUCUUUCUGUGUGCUGGGGGUCGGGCUCGGAGAGACCAAAGCGUGCUGCGGACAUUUCGCUGCAGGAGUUAGAGUAGUGUUGGACUUAAUUGGCAGUCACCCAGACUUUACUCGCCACUGUGACCCUGCUGAUACCCACUCCAUAGGAGCAGAAUUAGGCCUUUCGGCCCAUCGAGUCUGCUCUGCCAUUUGAUUGUGAUUGGUUUAUUAUCCCUCUCAACCCAGGUCUCCUGCCUUCUCCUCGUUACCUUUGACUAAUCAAGAACCUCCGCUUUAAAUCUCUUGUAUUCCCCCCCCCCCCAUUCUGACCAGGACACCUCUGGCUCUUCCAGGCCUUGACGAUGGAUCAGCCAUUGCUGGUCCUGCCCCCGUAGCCUCACUGGACCACACUGCAGGUCACCGGCUGAAAGACAAGGGGAGUUGUUGGCUGGGGGCUCAGUCUCCAGGGAAUGGUUAAGGAACCGGACAAUUUAUUUUUUUCCCGCAGCUAACAGCAGCGUGCAAUGCACAGGUUGGGAGAGUGGGAAAAGCUGUUA